CCACCAAGGGUUAAGCGAUGCUAACCCCGCCCCGGCUCAAGGGUACGGGCGCCGUUUCUCAUUGUGGCCGAAUUUAAAUCGCUGCAGAAGGCGGCCUCUCGCCUUUAAGGAGCAGCCGAUCGGGAGCGGAGCGGAGCUGAGCUAAGGGCGGGAAGCGGCGCCCGGAGCGCAGCCGGGACACGGGAGGAGACCGGUGCCCCAGCGGCGGAGAACCGGCGCACGGAGCCAAGGCAGCGGCGGGACACGGAGGGGCAGACCCGGUGCCCAAGCCGAGCGCCAGGGGCGGAGAACCCGGAGCCGGAGCCGAACUCUGACCGCUUUGACCGGAGUAGUGAGCGGACAGUGGCCUGGGACCGAGGCCGGUCUCCCUCCUCUGACCUCUACUCCCGCCGCCCCAGGCCGGGGUCGGGGCUUGGGGGAGAGGUCGCCCCGGCCUCGAUGCCUCCCGCCGGGGGUCGGGCGGCGCCCGUGUCGGGACUGAGGCGGUGAGUCCGGGGGAUUCCGGGGCCUCGGCGUAGCGGCCCCCGUCACACUGAUGUGAAGUUUGCGCGGGACUUUGACGGCUAUUCGGCCAUGGGAGGCAAGCAGACGAAGGGGAGGGGGGCAGCGGGCCCGGCCCACGCCGCUGACCUCAGGAUGAAGCCGCCGGACCCCGGUGGGGGCGACCUCCCCUCGACCGUCGGAUUGAAGGCGGAGGAGCGGCGGAGCAGGAGCGGACCCCCGGCCCCCUACCAGCGGCGGGUCGGCCUGAUCCAGGACUUGGUGAGCCUGGCCAAGCAGGGGAGGCAGCAGGAAGCGGCGCAGCUGCUGCGGAGCCUUCGACAGGACCUGGGCAUGGAGUCGACCUCGCUGGACAGCGUGCUGUGCCGAUACGCCAGCUUCCGAAACCUGGUGGAUCCCAUCACGCACGAGCUGAUCAUCAGUCUGGCCCGUUAUAUCCACUGCCCCAAACCGGAGGGGGACUCGUCGGGAGGCCUGGAGAGGAUCGGCCGGCAGCUGACCCACCACCUGAGCCCACACUCACAGUACAGACGCCAGGGAUUCCUCAAGCGAAAGCCUCAGGCCUGUCUGAAGGCUGCCCUGUCUGGGAGCCCGCCGAGCACGACUGUGGACUUGUCCGGAAUUGCGCUGACCCCGCGAGACCUGCCUCGUGUCAUCCUGUACCUGCAGCGCUGCUGGGAGAUGGUGUGCACCGUGGAGUUAGGUUUCACCGAGCUGACGGACGAGGGCUUCCUGCAGCUUUUGCCCACCCUGGCCUCGCUGCCCAACCUCUGCACCCUGUCCCUCAACGGCAACAAGCUGACCCGGGCCAUCCUGCGCCAGCUGACCGACGCCCUCAAGGACCUCGACAAGUUCCCCAGCAUCAGUUGGAUCGACCUUGGCAACAACGUGGACAUCUACUCGCUGCCUCAGCCCUUCCUGGUUGGCCUGCGGAGGCGUUGCCCCAAGCACGGGAACCUGCCCACCAUCUUGGAAUUCGCGGAGAGCCAGGGCGGCGAGCCGGCGGCCGAGGGGACGGUGCCAGUCCAGGAGCCUCCGUUGGACGUGGCUGCCAGCGGCGCAGAAAACUCUGAGGAAGAGGGGGCCGCGGGGGAGGCCGGCCACUUGGUGGAACACACGUGACGUGCGCGGGCCUGUGGUGGAAUGUCGGCCAUUGGGUCUUGGAGGCGUUGGCCCUGUGGCCAGCGCUCUUCUCUGACCAGACUUGUUUUGGGUGUGGCCAGCCUUCCCUGCUGAUACACUCCGGGCCACGCUGGCCCCAGUGUCCUCCCUGACUGCGGCCCAUCUGCUGUCUGCGCCGGAACUGGGCUCCUUGGGACAAUGAAAUGAUGGGACAUGGAGGGGCGAGCCCACACCAGUCUCAGGACAACGACUAGCAGACUCUUUACCCUUGGGGUCUCCAUUCCUCCAAGCCCACGUGUGUGUGUGUGUGUGUGUGUGUGUGUGUGUGUGUGUGUGUGUGUCCGUGUCUGUCUGCGUGGUGUUCCCCGUCACGGGGGCUGGCGGGUUUGCCCCUCGGACACCAGCGCCAGCGGUCAGCCGUGCCCUGCUGCCCGAGGUGCCGUGGCGGGCACAGCCCGUGCUGCCUGUGCAUCGGUCAGUGUUGGAGUGGCGGACUGGCUCCCUGUGGUCAGACAGCCUCCAGCCCUGGUCAUCGAGGCAGCUGGACGGGCGUCACGGUUACUUGUGGUCUGGGGUGGUUUGAGUUGCGAGGGUGCCGGUUCAUCGCUGGCCACAGCUGAGGUUUGGUCCGCACCCAAGUGGACAGUUCAGUUGCCCCAACCCUGACCUUCCCAGUGGCCUGGUACGGAACUGCCCCGAACCAUUACCCUCAGCCUCUUCGUACAGGAUCCACCCCCGAGGCCGCGGCACGUACUCACUCCUCUCCACGGUUUGCCUUGGCACUCUCCUCUGCAGGAGGAGCCGUUCGGCCCUUCCUAACCGUGACAGCCAGCCACUGGUCUGCCCCCCCUCUUGCUUCUGCAGGGCAGGGCAAGGCUUGCAUCUCCCCACCCGGCUGUUGGCUGGAGCUUCACCCCUGGGUGCCUCUGACCCAUCAGCAGCCCCCCUCCCCCAGCAACCGGAAAUGCUGACCGUCGGCAGUCCUGACGAAGGGUCUCCUCCACAGACGCUACCCGACCUGCUGAGUUCCUCCAGCAUUUCAGAAUCAGGUUUAUUAUGACCGGCACUUGUUGUGAAACUUGUUAAUGUAGCAGCUGCAGUACAUUGCAAUACAUGAUAAUAUAGAAAAAAAUAAGCAAAUCAAUUACAGUAAGUAUGUUUAUUAAACCGUUAAAUUAAAAAUAGUGCAAAA